AUGGCGGAGUUAGCAGCCUUACUUCAAACAGACAUACCCGAAGGGCGUAAUCAUCUCACAGACAGCCAUACAAACCUCGAGAGAGUUGCAGAAUACUGUGAAGCUAAUUACUUUCAGUCCGAAAACAAGAGAUUAGCUUUAGACAGUACCAAGAACUACACAACACAGUCAUUAGCAAGUGUUGCUUAUCAAAUUAAUACACUCGCAUAUAACUUCUUGCAACUAUUAGAGCUACAAACUAUGCAGUUGGCUGAAAUGGAAGGUCAAAUGAACCAUAUCGCCCAAACUGUAGCUAUACAUAAAGAAAAAGUUGCAAGACGGGAAAUAGGUGUUCUGACGGCUAAUAAAGUCACCAAUAGACAGUAUAAAAUUAUUGCACCGGCAAACCCAGAGAAACCUAUAAAGUAUGUGAGGAAGAGUAUUGAUUAUACAGCGUUGGAUGAUAUCGGUCAUGGAGCUCGUUGGAGCGGCUCAGGUGGCUCUGGAACACCUCGAGGUCGUCGCUCGGGCUCCACGCCCGGUCCUCUGCCUGCACCCACAACUAAACCACCCACACCACCGGCCGUACGAUCAGCAAACGCUGCUAAUACUGGAACACUAGGACGAGGAACUCUGGGCAAAUCUUCUCGUGAGUACCGCACGCCCCCUGCCGUCGCGCCCCCUCAAGUGCCCUCUCACUAUGCGCCGAACUACCCUCGGGCCGCGCGACCGCCGGGGUACUCCGCCCUCCCGGUACAACCACAGGUGGGAAUGGUUCACCCCAAUCAGCAUCAAUCUCCAUCGAACUACUCACAACAGGACUUACAUUCCAGUAUGCCACCUCCACCGAGUCCUUUGAUUGGUUCAGACGGUGAAAACAGUCAACAUUCCAUGGUACUACCAGGACAUAGGGCGUCUUCAUCAUCAGCGUCAGGGUCUGCUCGCGGCGGGUCCGUGUCCCCUCCCCUGCCGCCGCCGCCGCUAGAGGAUGAACUACACGACGCCUUUGGAGCGAGACACAUGCAGGCUAAAAUGGGGGGCCAGUACUCAAGCGCUGUACCGACUAUAGUACCUGAUGAAGAAGACCUGCCUGGCUGGGUUCCCAAGAAUUAUAUUGAGAAAGUGGUGGCGAUAUACGACUAUUACGCGGACAAAGACGACGAACUGUCGUUCCAAGAGAGUGCUGUCAUAUAUGUGCUGAAGAAAAACGAUGAUGGUUGGUGGGAAGGAGUUAUGGACGGGGUCACUGGCCUCUUCCCAGGGAACUACGUCGAGCCUUGUGUGUAG